AGGGAGAGAAACGCACGCACCCGAGAGCGAGAAGAAAUACAAGAGCGGCCGCGCGGCGGCACACCGAUCUCGCCACCCCCCCCCCCCCCCCCCCGAUGCGAUCUCGCCAAACCCUAAUCCCCCGCCCCGCCGCGCCGGAUCCCUAGCCCCGAAUGCGGCGGUGACGCGCGGGGCUAGUGCCGCCCGCCACCGCGGCUUUCGGCGCGCCGGGCGGCCGGCACAUCCUGCCCGCCGCCGCCAUGGGCGCCGCCGACAAGUGGCUGCUCCCGCUCGUGUCCGUCUCCUUCGUCUCGCUCCUGCUCUUCCUCUCCGCGCUCUCGGGCUUCUCCGCCUCCUCCUCGCUCUUCGCGCGCCUCCCGCCGCCCUCCUACGUGCGCCGGGGCGCCGCCGCGCCGCCCUCCUUCGCCUACCUGCUGGCCGGCGGCCGCGGGGAUGGCAGGAAGCUCCUGCGGCUGCUCCUCGCGGUCUAUCACCCCAGGAACCGCUACCUGCUCCACCUCUCCGCCGACGCGCCGCCCUCCGAGCGCGCCGAGCUCGCCGCCGCCGCCGUGCGCGCCGCCCCCGCCGUGCGCGCCUUCGGGAACGUCGACGUCGUCGGCAGGCCUACCGCUGGCACCCCCAUGGGGUCCUCCGGCCUCGCCGGCACGCUCCGCGCCGCCGCCGCCAUGCUCCGGCUGGAUGCGGAGUGGGACUGGUUCGUCACGCUCAACGCCGCGGACUACCCCCUUCUCACGCAAGACGACUUGAUUCAUGUUUUUUCCUCUGUUCCAAGGCAUCUCAACUUUAUUGAUCACACCAGUGACAUUGGAUGGAAAGAGUCUCAGAGAGUGCAACCAAUUAUAGUAGAUGCCGGAAUAUAUUUGGCAGGGAGGAAUCAGUUCUUCCAAGCCACAGAGAAACGGGAUACUCCAGAUGGUUUCAAAUUUUUCACAGGUUCUCCAUGGGUCAUUUUAAACAGACGCUUCAUUGAGUAUUGUGUUUUUGGUUGGGAUAAUCUCCCUAGAACACUCCUCAUGUACUUCACAAACGUGAUGCUACCUCUGGAGGGGUAUUUCCACUCAGUUGCAUGCAACUCGGACUUCCGCAAUUUCACAGUGAACGACGACUUGCGGUAUAUGGUGUGGGAUGAUCCUCCUCAGAUGGAACCCCAUUUCCUAAAUGUUACACAUUAUGAUGAGCUAGUGGGGAGUGGAGUUCCUUUUGCCCGGAAGUUUAAGGAGAAUGAACCCCUGUUGGACAAGAUUGAUGAUAAAAUACUUCGACGUUGGUAUCACAGACCUGUUCCUGGUGCCUGGUGCACAGGCAGAAAGAGGUGGUUUAGUGAUCCUUGUUCCCAGUGGAGCAAUGUCAACAUUGUAAGACCUGGCCCUCAGGCUGAGAAGUUCCGCAAAUAUAUAAACCAGAUUUUUGAAGAAUCAAAGUCAAGCAACAACUCCUGCAAGCAAUAGCAGUAGGAUCCAAGCAUGAGGCUUCAGUUCCCAUAGUUGAAGGUUGAGCUUGUCUCAUUUUGCAUAGAGGGAGCUCUCCAUGUCUCAAGAAUUUCAUGGCUUCGGGUGCAGGCAUUUUUGCACCUGGGGUAUGAGCACACGGCCAAGGUGAGGGAUGGGUUUAUUCUUUCCAGAUUUUUUGGUUACUGUCAUGGCUUCAAGGGAUUAGUGCAUAAUACAAGCAUUGUGGGAAGCCAAGAGAGCUUACAGUGGGAACAUGAAGCUAAUAGGCAGUGUAAUUAGUAGCGAUCAGUUGAAUGACUUGUGCCUUUGUUUAUAGAACUGAUGGAAUUCUUGGGGAUUCCAUCCAAAUUGAGAAAACAAAGAACGGAGGAAUCUUGUUGGUUGGUCAUGGUUGUUGCUGUUGUGGACGUGUGGUUAAUACAAUGCUUACAGAUUUUUUUUCUUGACA